AAUUUGUAAUUUAGAAUUUUGAUAUCGAGGAACAAUUAUUUUCGUUUCACAAAAAUGUUUAUUUUACCGAAAUAAGCUGUAUUAAUAUUUUUGUUUAUAAAUUAUUCAAAACUACCUAGCUAUUCUAACAGGAUAAUUAUAAUGGCUGGAACUUAUUAUUUCGUUAUUGUUGGCCAUUCUGAUAACCCCAUUUUUGAAAUGGAUUUUAUACCAGUUACCAAAGAAGUAAAGAAAGAAGAUAACAGACAUCUGAACCAAUUUAUAGCCCAUGCAGCCUUAGAUUUGGUUGAUGAACAUAUGUGGAAGGGCACAAGUACUUAUCUCAAGUCUGUAGAUAAGUUCAAUCAGUGGUUUGUCUCGGCUUUUGUUACAGCUAGCCAGAUGCGUUUUAUAAUGGUUCAUGAUGCUAGAAAUGAAGAUGGUAUAAAAAAUUUCUUCACUGAUGUAUAUGAAGCAUAUAUAAAACUUAUGUUAAACCCAUUUUACAAAGAAGACACAGUUAUUACCUUCUCAGCAUUUGAGAAGAGAGUUCAAUUACUUGGGAAGAAAUACUUGACAUAGCCCAAGUUUGACUUGAAGGGCUUUUUGUUGAAAGACUGAAUUAUAAAAAUUUGAUGAAUGGACAAUUUCAGUGUGCAAUGGUGACUCAUACUUCCAACAAGUGCCCAUAAAACUGAUUUUUGUAAUCAUAAUUUUUAAUCUAUGUUGUUAUUAUUUGAUUAUAUAAUUAUUUUCCUGAUAAGUUGUCUGUACUGAGUUAAAAGUAAAAAGUUUUCUACUUGCCUUGUAAGUUGUAUAUAUAGUCCAUUGAAAUGUUACAAUUUGAGGGCCAAACUGAACAUUUGAUAGAGGACGCAAUUUUAUUUAUGGAACAUGAAAUUGUGGGGUUGGCGCCCUUGUCCCCCAGCUGCCAUGUUGGAAAAAGGGGUGAAAGAACAUUUUGGCUAUAUAUCGUACAUAAAAUAUGUAACUUUUUAUCUUAAAUCCAAAAAGUUAUAAGUAAAAAAGUGAAAAAAAUCCCUAUUUUGUUUAAUAACUUUUUUUCUUUAGAUUAUAUCAAAAACCUAUGUCAGAACAAUUUUGUAGAGGAUGUCUUUCUGAAGAUGUUCCUAUAUAAUUAUUUUUAAUUUUGUUAAUUGGAAAUGCUGUAACAGUGCUCACAAAACAAAAUAUUUACCUUACUUUUAGGAUCUCUCGUUUUAUUAAAUUUUAUAUGUAUGAUUUAAAAAAGAAAAUUGCAAGCUUAUUUCAUUGAAUAAAUAAAUUUUUGUUAAUGUAAUCAUAUUUUCUUAAAAUACCCAGAGACCUUAAAAGUAAGGUAAAUAUGUUGCUUUGUCCGGCUUAUGAGCAUUAAUGAGUUCGGCAUGUUGGGGAUGGUACAGGAGGGUAGCAGUAGACCCCACCCCCAAAACCUCAUAAAUCCUCCGGCUGGAUACUAAAUGUUCUCCAAUUUUUUUAACUGUGAUAUCACCAUAACAACUUAUACAUUGUUGAUAGUGUAGUGCAAUUGAAAAAUAUAAUUUUUAUUCAUUCAUUUAUUCAUAAUAAGUCACAACUGUCAGUGGUACAAUAAAUUAAAUUAUUUAAUUUCUAAUGCAAAAAUUUUUAAUUCAAAACAAUUUGAUGUCAUCAACAUUAAGCUUUCCUUAGAUACAUACAGAACAUAGAUGUUGUAGAGUUUGAUAUUCUUGAAUAUAAGCAAAAAGCUAAUUAUUAUGAUAAGAAAGAUGUAUUUUUUCUAAAUUCUAAGAAAAUUAAAAUAUCUCAGGUAAGUUUAAUUCAAGGUCUGGUAAGCUGUCAAUGGAGGUAUCAUCUGUA